UCUCCUCUGUUUUUAAGAACAAAGUGCAUCAAAUCUCUCUCCCUCUCUCUCUCUCUUCCUCACAAACUGGAAACAAAUGGGACAGAAGACUGUCAGUCUGAGCAGAGCGUAAUUUAAGGCUUGUUUGCCAAAGAAGAAGAAGAAUAUGGGUACCCAAUCUUCAUUCUUGCUGGAUGCUCUCUACUGCGAAGAAGAAAGGUGGGGAGAAGAAAUGGAAGAAGCGUUUGAUGAAACUGAGGAUUCUGAAACAACCACCUUAACAACAGCAACUGAUACUCCUCUUCUUCUUGUUCCUCUGCUCUUGCUGGAGCAAGACAUGUUCUGGGAAGACGAGGAGCUUCUAUCUCUCUUCUCUAAAGAAAAACACACUCAUUUCCUCUCAGAAAACCUACAAACUGACCUUUCUCUGUCUCUGGCGAGAACAGAAGCGGUCCACUGGAUCCUUAAAGUCACUUCCCACUACGGAUUCUCCGCCUUGACUCCAAUCUUGGCCGUCAAUUAUCUCGACAGAUUUCUCUCCACCCUUCACUACAAGAAAGACGAGCCGUGGAUGAUUCAACUCGCCGCCGUGACUUGCCUUUCCUUGGCAGCGAAAGUUGAGGAAAUCCAUGUCCCCCUUCUUCUAGAUUUCCAGGUGGAGGAUGCAAAAUAUGUGUUUGAAGCGAAGACCAUACAGAGAAUGGAGCUUCUGGUGCUUUCCACGCUGAAAUGGAGGAUGAACCCAGUCACCCCACUCUCAUUUCUUGAUCACAUUAUAAGGAGACUUGGAUUGAAGAACCAUCUUCACUGGGAGUUCUUCAGAAGAUGCGAGUGUCUCCUCCUCUCUCUCAUUCCUGAUUCAAGAUUGGUACGAUAUUUGCCCUCUGUAUUGGCCGCUUCAACCAUGCUUCACGUCAUUCGUCAAGUUGAGCCUUGCAAUGCCGACCAUUACCAAAACCAACUUCUAGGUGUCCUCAAAAUCAACCAGGAGAAAGUGGAGGAUUGCUACCAAGUCAUCAAAGAUUUGACAAACAAGAAGCGCAAACACAAUAACAACGUUAAUGAAGAUGUUCCGAGCAGCGGCCCAGGUUGUGUGAUUGACCCAAAUUUCAGCUGCGAAGAAAGCUUAUCAGAUGAAUCAUGGGGGCCGGGGGGCAUAGAGCCGCUCAUGAAGAAAAGCAGAAUCCAAGAGCUAGUUAUAUGAUUUGAUGGUAGCACGGUUCAAUCAAAUUAAGAUUUGUUUUAGAAAUGAUUGGUUGAGCAACAAAAUUAAAUUGUAUGCGUGCGUGCUUAAGUGGCCUAAACUCCACGCUCUCGUCUCGUCUCGUCUUCUACAGACAUAAAAAUGGAGAAAAGACAAAAAUAGCAAUCAAGAAUAUGAAUAUAUGUGCACUCCAUCUCC